AUGAAGGUCGUGGUCGAAGAGUCAGCAAUGACUGAGGUUGAGGAGUCGUCAAGGAUUGAGGCCGAGGUCGAAUACCCAUGGCAGAGUUAUAACGAACGACCCCCCUCCCUCCUGAACCCACCCACCCACGCGACCUUCUUUCCCUCCCCUUACAAGUACCCUCAUAUUACUCACACCGCCUCCAAUUCCUAUAUUUCACAAACCAAAAAUUUUUCUCUUCACCAAUACAGAGCGUUACUACUAACAACAGUUUCAUUCAAGCUGGCGAUCGACAAUCAAGAAACAAGUGUCCGUGAAUUCAAGCCUAAGAACAGGCGAAUCAUGGGAGCUGGAGGGCCAGAUGAAGAAGAGAAUAGGUGGCCACCAUGGUUGAAGCCAUUGUUAAAGGAACGUUUCUUUGUUCAAUGCAAGUUACAUGCUGAUUCCCACAAGAGUGAAUGCAAUAUGUACUGUUUGGACUGUAUGAAUGGCGCUCUCUGCUCUCUUUGUUUAUCUCAUCACAAGGAACAUCGUGCCAUUCAGAUAAGGAGGUCAUCUUACCAUGAUGUGAUAAGGGUGAACGAGAUACAGAAGUAUUUGGACAUCACUUCAGUUCAGACCUACAUUAUCAACAGUGCAAAGGUUGUCUUCUUGAAUGAGAGGCCACAACCUAGGCCAGGCAAAGGUGUCACUAAUACCUGUCAAGUUUGUGAAAGGAGUCUCCUCGACUCCUUCAGAUUCUGCUCUCUUGGCUGUAAGAUUGUUGGGACAUCACAGAAUUUCGUGAAGAAGUCAUCGGAGAAGAAGAGGGCGGCGGCGGUGACAGCAGCAGCCUUUGACUCGGAGGACUCUUACAGUAGCAGCAAUCAUAGCCGGCGAAACAAGGUUCAAAGUUUCAGUCCGUCAACGCCCCCUCAAGCUUCGGUUAAUUACAGAACAGCCAAACGAAGAAAGGGAAUUCCACAUCGAGCCCCAAUGGGAGGAUUAGUUAUAGGAUAUUAAGUUAAUCAAGUCCAAGUUCAAGACACCUUCAGUUGCUCCUAAUUAGCAUAUCAGCACCACGUAUUAGUAAUCAGAAUGCAGCUCCUCCAAUUCCCUUAAAACACUAGUGCUUUCUCACCAAAAGGCCAGUGUUUGAUAGAGCACUACUGUAUAUAGUUUUAGUGCUACUAGUAUAUGAAGGGAAAAGUUGGAGGGUGGAAGUUGGAAUAAGAAAAUGUGAAGGGGACUAAAAGGGUUACAAGUUAAGAGUUGGGCUUAGAUAAUAAGUUAAUAGUAGUAGUAUAAUACAUAGUAUGAUGGAAAAUCAGAUACUGUGACUCUUGGCUUGCUUGUUAGAGUGGUUAUACAUAUGUUUUCUUUGGUUUUAUUCCUCCCGUAAUCAAAAUGUAAAUAUACAGAUAUUUCAGCAGAUGUGUCUAUCUAAUCCUUCUUGAAUAAAUUUUGUGGUGUGUUGAAAGUAAACUCGUUGAUUUGUGAGCAGUGCUCUAGUUCCUGGUUGAGGUAAAUUCCAAUUGGUAAGGUCUAAUGGGGGCCCAGCUUUUGAGAAACGUUGAAAUGGUGGGCAAAUAUCACGCUACGUGGCUAGAGGUAAAUUGGAUUAAAGUAUGCUGUGGGUCUUGGUUCUUGGGACACUGGGUGUAGGUUAGCCGCCCCGACUGGAAGGGGGUUGGUUUCUUGAUGGAGGGGUUUUGUUUUUUUCUUAGUGGAGCUAGGGUUGAUUGAUGGCCGUUGGAUAAAUGUUUGAUUUGAUGGUUGUGAUUCUGCAAUGAUGUUCUCUAGAAAGAUUCUAGAAUUCCAUUGAUGUCCUGAUUUUGUAGUUUUGGUCAAUCAGAAAUUGUUAUUCUAA